AUGGUGGGAGUCGCCGGACAAUCCAAGGGCUGCAACACCUGUCGCGCUCGAAAAAUUGCGUGUGACCAGCAACGACCGGAAUGUGCUCGAUGCACGCGGUCUCCCCGAGCCUGUGGCGGCUAUGAGCGAGAUAGGGUGUUUGUCCGGGUGCAGCCGGCUGCUCAGAGAAAGCACAUCUACUUGAAGGCUUUUUCUGCCUCGCCGUCUCAGGCAAGAAGUGAAAUCUCACCGAGUCUCACCAUUCCCGGUUGUCGCCCCUGCAAUCUCUACGAUGGCAUGUUGCCUGAGAGUGCCAUGCUCCCCGCCGAUGCAGCGGUGGGCCCGCUUCCAGCUCUCGGCCACCGCAGAGAUUAUCUUUCGAUGGCCAAGAAGGUCGGUCAGUCGAUAGAAUACCUGAUGCAGGACGAGCUGAUGCUAGCAGGACCGCUGUCAGUGACCCCAACGCUCGGGAUCGUGAUUGACAGUCUUCGCGAUCAGCCGCAUCAUCGCCCCGUGGUUGCCUGGUUACGAGCGGCGAUGGGGCUCGUGCCCGACAGAGGGGGUUAG